AGAAGGGGAGAGAACCUUGAUAAAAUCCCUUUUUUCACGAAGAAAAAAGAAAAAAAAAAGUGAAAGAAAGAGGAUAGAGACGAGAAGGUUUCUUUGCCGCAGUAGAAACUCGUGGAUCGGUAAUUCGAUUCAACGAAACAGCGUUACAUAGGUCUGUGAGGAUCUACUCGUGGCAAGAAAUCAUUACUUCCGUCGAGACGGAUUCGACGACAGGGAGAAAUUACUUCAGGAGCGUAUCCCCGAGUAGAAGGACCACGGGGAUUCGAAGUCGUAAGCGGAGAAGAAUUAGAAGCAUCAAGGAAAAAUGGCAUACGACGAUGUUAUCCUUCGUAUGGGCGAGUUUGGACGUUAUCAGCGGAGGAUCUACCUGUUGCUCUGUCUUCCGGCGAUAUCCUGCGCCUUCCAUAAGAUCGCCGGUGUCUUCCUAAGCGCGAAAAUGAACGCUAGGUGUAUGUUACCGCACGAGAACCCAGAGAACGCCACAUUUUUUCUACCACCAGACGUGAUGAACGCGAGCUACCCAUGGGACCCAGAGCACGAGGAAUGGUUACAGUGUUACAGACGGGACAUUCCUAAUAUUGUUAACGAGACAACGAUCAAUAGGUACGUCGAUACGUCGACAGGCGAUACACUCGUCCAAAAACCAUUUACUCCAAAUGGUCUCAACACUAAUGAGUUCAAGCCAUGCGACAGAUACGUCUACGACAGGAGCAAAUAUAAAAGUACCACUAGCUCUGAGUGGAACUUAGUAUGCGACAAGGCAUGGUUGAGAGCUACGGGGGAUUCGUUGUUCAUGGUAGGAGUCAUGCUUGGCUCGAUGAUUUUUGGUGGUUUGUCCGAUAAGUAUGGACGUAGACCAAUUUUCUUCCUGUCUUUAGUCAUUCAGCUGGUCGGCGGUAUACUAGUCGCGGUAUCACCCGAGUUUAUUUCCUACGUUAUCUUCAGAUUAAUAGUCGGCUCGACCACCAGCGGAGUGUUUCUGGUCGCCUACGUUAUAGCCUUGGAAAUGGUAGGUCCAAGGAAGCGUUUGGUAGCUGGAGUUGGCUGCCAAUUGUUCUUCACGACUGGAUACAUCCUAACCGCUGGUUUCGCGUAUUUUAUUACCGACUGGAGAAUGCUACAAGUCGCUAUCACUGUACCAAGUAUCGCUUUUCUUCUUUACUGGUGGUUCAUUCCUGAAUCAGCGCGUUGGCUAUUGACGAAGGGUCGUGUGCAAGAAGCGAAGGAUCUUCUUCAACGAGCCUCUUUAGAAAACGGUGUGGAGAUGCCUAGCGAAGCUCUGGACACGCUUCUCAAUAACAGUACCGAUGAGAGUGCACCAGAUUAUAAAAAACCGUCGUUGUUUGACCUUUUCCGAUAUCCAAACUUGAGACGGAAGAGUAUUUUACUAUUUUUCAAUUGGCUUGUAAAUAGCGGUACGUACUACGGCUUAUCUUGGCAUGUGUCCAACCUUGGUGGCAACGAUUAUGUUAAUUUCGUGAUUUCCGGGUUUGUGGAAGUACCCGCGUACACGUUUUUGAUAUUCACGUUGAAUCGUUGGGGAAGAAAACUCAUCCUGUGUGGUUGCAUGUUGACCUCUGGAGUUGCAUUGCUUGGUAUUCUGUUCGUACCUGCUGACGCCCCAUGGCUCGUAGUGUGCCUGGCGAUGAUCGGUAAACUAACGAUUACAUCGUCCUAUGGUGCUAUUUACGUUUUUACUGCCGAACAAUUUCCCACGGUUAUUCGAAACGUUGGCCUCGGAGCGAGCUCGACUUUCGCUCGAAUCGGUGGCGUAAUUGCUCCAUACGUCAUUUACUUGUCUGAAAUCUGGAUGCCUCUGCCAUUCGUUAUUUUUGGAUCGUGCGUGCUCUUUGGCGGAAUGAUGUCUCUGCUUCUUCCAGAAACACUGAAUAAGAAGCUUCCGGAGUCCAUACAAGAUGCCGAAUUAUUCGGGAAGAAACCUUCGAAGAAAAAGAAAAAACAACAACUAGACAUAGAGCAACUGAACGAAGUUGAUGUGAUAAAACCAUUGAAGCCACAAGAGAAUGGUGUUCACGAGAAGCAAAACGGAUGACGUUAAUUUUCAAAGAGAACGUCGGUUAUGCUCAAAAUAUAUACUUGAAUCCUCUCUGACUGUAUUUUGGGCACCCUUGUAUACGCGUCUCACGUAUACGAAUCUUAGCGUGCCUAUUGCAAGAUUGCAAUACCAAACAAAAAACAAAAAGAAAAAAAAAACAAGUAAAAUCAUAUUGGUCUUUCAAGCUGCAUGACUAACGAUGUAGGUUGCUCCUAAUCGAACGAAAUGUGAAGCUAAAGAACUAUGAGAAACCUACACUUCGACUUUUAGAUUGUCUCAAACGCAUUGAAAGUGAGAAGGUAGCGUUUACCUUCUAUUUAUACGUACACAACCUUUGUAACUAAUAGCACAUAAAAAUUCUG